AUGCCGAAUACCAAGGCCAGAAUCCCUGAAGGUUCUAGCAUCCUCGUCACUGGGGCCAACGGCUUCAUCGGUUCGCACGUGGUCGAUCAACUAUUGAGCUUGGGCUACUUGGUUCGUGGUACUGUUCGAGAGUCUAAACCUUGGCUGAAUGCACUCUUCGACGAAAAAUAUGGCAAAGGGAAGUUCGAGACUUGCAUUGUCUCAGACCUUAUUAGUCAGGAUCAAUGGGAGAGAGCAGUCAAUGGGAUGGCAGGAAUUAUCCACGUUGCAGCUGAUGUAUCGCUGAAUCCCGACCCAAAUGUCUCUAUUCCGAACGCAGUCAAGGCGACAGUGAGCAUUUUGGAGGCCGCUUCGCAGCAGCCUACAGUUAAGAGGGUUGUGAUGACCUCAUCUUCAACCGCUGCGUACAUGCCAAACCCCAAUAAAGAAGGAAUUGUGAUUACCACGGAUACGUGGAAUGAUGCUGUCGUUUAUGCGGCUUGGGAUGAAAAUAUCCCUCCGCAGGCCAAGGGAUACCUUGUAUACGGGGCUUCUAAAACGGAAGCCGAGCGCGCGGCGUUUAAGUGGGUUGAAGAGAAUGAUCGCCCAUUUAUUUUAAACACGGUGUUGCCGGGCAUCACCUUCGGCAAGAUCCUUGCACCCGAAAUACGCGGUUCGACACAAUCACUAAUCAGGAAUGUGGUCAAAGGAGAUUGGGCAGUACUUGGAUUCAUUCCUCCACAGUGGUAUGUUGAUGUCACGGAUGCUGCGAGGCUACACGUCGCCGCCCUUCUCUCGCCUUCGGUAAACUUCGAGCGAAUCUUCGCCUUUGCUGCCCCCCAAAACUGGACAGAUAUCAUCAGGGUCCUACGGAAGCUUCGUCCAGAUAGUUCCCUGAUUCCCCCUGCCCCUGAAAAUGAGGCCCAGGAUUUGAGCGAUGUCGUGCCUUCUAAAAGGGCAGAGGAGCUGCUUAAGACCUUCUUCAAUCGGCCAGGCUGGGUUAGUUUGGAGGAAAGUAUUGGUGAUGGUAUUUCCGGUGUUUAG